AUGGGCCUAGGAAGUAGUGUUGUAGCCGCCCCAAAGUGUGAAAAUAUUCCAUCGUUCGCAACGAAGCCCGUCCGCCAUUCAAAGCAAGCAACCGUUACUUCAAACGCCGGCAUGACCAAUGGGACAAUGUUUCAACCGCAGUAUACGGAGGUAUUUUCCGCGGCUCCUUCGAGUGCGGUCCCGGGCGGUAGUGUGCAGAUGGAACAGUUCAACACGGCCAACAGUCAACACUGGCAAAGUAUGGAAGCAUCGGCACCGACGAUCAGCACAACCCGGCAGUCGCGAUCGCGGCAUCGCAAUCUCUUCGACUCACGGCUGAACACCUCGUUUGUCGAUAGUGAGGUGGUGAAUAGUGCGGCCGACACCCGGCUCGCUGACAUCCGCCGGGUGGAGGAAAAUCUGCGCAUGGAAAGCCGUAUGCUGAGUGAAAACAACAACAUCCCGAUGGCUCGCUGCUCGACGCCGAGUCCCGCCUAUUGCUUCCACUGCGAUCACGAUCACCGAGAACGUUGCUGCCUGUACGUCGGAGAUAAGCCCGAAGAUGGACCGUACUAUUCUCGGUGGAAGCGCGACCUGGAGAAUCCUUCCGUGAGGCCCCAGUACAUCCCGAAGAUUCCGGAGGCAGUUUCGGGCAAUAGUACACCGUUCUGGUUCCCGGCCUACACCUACACGAAGCCGGAGGAAAUUAGGCAGAAGAUGAUGGAGAAGCAUCCACCGUUGCCACCGGUUUGGAUGCGCCAGUACUACUAUCCGCUGGUUGGACAUGGCCACGAGUAUCAGCUGUUGAACCAAGCGACGCUGGAACCUCCGACACCAUACCAGCAGUAUCUUCAGCAGCAUCAGCAGGAGCUGUAUCGGUUGUAUCACCAGCAACAGCAGCAGCAGAUGCAGCAACAGCAGCAAUUCCACCAUCAACACCACCAUAGUCAACAUCAACGCGAGGAUCCUCUGUGUCGUGACGGUCGGAAAUGCACCGCCAUUUCACCGGAAACGACGCCUUACGUGCAGCAGUUCCAGCACGUCCACAGUGUGCAACCGAUGCAGCCGACGCCAUAUUUCUACCAAAGCAGCUACUACAAUGGCCACCUUCCGCCCCCACAGCAGCAGUUCUAUGCGGCCGGAUAUUCAACGACCACCGGUGGAAUUCCGAUCUAUCACGAUGCCUACCUGCAUCCGGCACACUAUCCGGUCAGCUACGCUCCAGCAACGCCACUUCCAGCGAGGGAACCAACGCCACCGGCAGCCCCGACCACCUCCACGCCGCUAUGGCUUCUCUUCUGCCAAAAGCUGUCCCGCAAGUUUCCCGAUCGAAGCAAAAAAUCGUCCCCCUCGAAGGGACGCUCGGCGGGAAAGGGUUUCCCUCAUCACCACGUGCGCCACAAUCCGACAACGAUAGUGCAGCCACCCGCCCUGUCCAACGCCACACCGGACUACCAUCAUCCGCCCAAGUACACCACCUUCGAGCAUCCGCAUCAGCUGCAGUUCCAGGCGCCGCAAAGCUAUUACAAGCAGCCCAUGAACCCCGUCCACCACAGCAGUCGAAUGGGACAAACGAUGGUUACCCACCAUUUGGCCAGCUCGUACUACACCGGCCAACUGCCAGCGGCCAACGAUAUCGGCAUGUACUACGUGCCACCGACGGCGGUUGAUAUUUAA